AAGCAAAGUAAAAAAAAGAAAAAAAAGCAAAAAAAACUAAAAUGAAGAAAUAGCGAAGUGGUGACGCGGCGAAGCGACCGAAUGGUGGGAACCCAACCCGGGCACUUACACAAAUGUAGCGCCUGCUGGGAGAACCCCCCCUGUCAGCACACGCGGAAAUACGUAGCUCUCCGUGUGCUUCUGUUUGAGCCGAUCUAGUCAGGGGAGUGGGGGACGCGCGUAUGCUUCCCCCCCCAGAGGGACACUGAUUCACACGAUGCAGCGCAAGAGAGACGAAAGUUCCAGCGGAGGAACAAACGAACAACUGAGCAGCGAAGACGUUGCCAAGAUAAUCAACGACUCAAUGGCCUACGUAGUGGAGGCCGCCAAUAACAAAUCCCUAACAGAAGUAAAAAACAACCUCGAAUAUGUAAAAAAUAUAAUUCACAAUGACAUCAUCAAAAUUUUAAAUAAAAACGCGGAGGAGUUUAUGUACCUCCCGUCCAACUUAAAUCUGAUGGAAAAAAUGAUGCCCCCCUUAAGGAAAGAAGUGCAAAUGUCCCAGACGUUUGUUCAAAUCCUUCUGAGGGAAGUUCUUCAUAUUCAUAAAAAUAAUUAUAAACUGUUGGAAGAUAAAAUGAACAUGUCCUUUUUAAAAAACGUGUUGAAGAACAACGUAAACGUGGAACAGCUAUUGAGUAAAUUACAAAAAAAAAAAAAAAUGUUAAAUGAAAAUAAAGAGUUCUUAUGGCUAGUCAGUAUGUACGACGAUUUGCACACAGAGGACUUCAACUUGGAGAGAGCAAACCAGUUGCUCAUCGAACAUCUUAACGUCAAUAACUUUAAUUUUUUCUUUCACGUCAUCGAAAGAAUUGUUAUUAUAGCGAAAGCGACGUGGGAGAUAAAGGCCAUGCUAUAUAAUAAUUAUAAAAGUAUUUGCAAAAUAGCUAGCUCAUUACCUGCUUGGAAUAACCUGCUCGAAAAAUAUGGGCGCGCAUCGGAGUGUAGCCAAGAGGUUAUUCGUUCUGCUAAGAAUAACUCCAUUAAACAGAUGAACGAAUGUUUAAGAGGGAUUAUAAAUGAGAUGGGCUCGCACCUGCAUCGGCUGUCUUAUGUAUUCCUCAGGGUGUUGAAGGACGCUUUCCCUGUGCGCUGCGGGAGCGACGCUAGCGGCAACUUCAUCCUGCAGCAGUGCCUGCGUGGAGUUGUGACUGCCUCCUACCUGCUCAACCGGAUGGACGCCUUCACCGAUUUGUUUCGCGAGAUCUUUGUGGACAGCCUGGCACACCUCCCCUUCGAGUCCUACGACGCCUUCCUCGCACACGCGAGGCGCCACCUGCUGGAAGAUGAACUCGUCGCGCAGAUAAACAGACGCGUGGACGAAGUGGACCCCGGCGCGCUGUUCUGCGCCAGGGGAAUCGUGCAGAGCCUACUGCAAAUCAUCAAGACGAAGUUCCAGGAAAUUUUCCUCCUCACCUACUGCGACAACUUCAUCGAGAACUACACCAAAACAGCUAGCUUUCUGAACGAAAUAAAAAAAAAAAAAAAAAAAAAAAAGUAUGAACAGUUCAUAAUUUCUGAACAGGUUCAUAAUUUUUUAAAAAAUUUCGAAAGGGAAGCAUACGCACAGUACAUCCUCAAUGUGCUGGAAAAUAAGAUAAACGAAAAUUGCAAAAAUGUCAUCCUCUUUGAUAAAAAAUAUAUAUUUGAUGACAAGUUUUAUUGGCUAAAGGAAACCAUCAAUUUGAUUAAAAUUUUCAAAAUUUUGUUCACCAGCAAGUAUUACAUUCCAAGUUCGCUUCCGAAUUAUCUGGCCUUCAUUUUUAAGCACUUUAAAAAUUACAUAGACAAUGUGGAAGCCUUUUUGCUCUUCCUGCGAGAGAAUCGGAACGCCAAAAUUUUUGGCACCGACAGGAUGCGAUUCAAUUGGAGCCCCACGCUCAGCUACAACAGCGUGGGGUUCGUCCUCUCCGACUUGAUGUCCCUACGGAGGAUAUUUCAAGUGGGCAGAGGCGCGCGCGCGCUUUUGAGAAGGGGCAAGCUGGGAGGGGGCGCGCGGGUAGAAGUGAAAGCAGAUGGAGCGGCGGGAGAGGGGACCCACUGUGCGCUUCCCAAAGGGGAGAACAGCACCAUGGGUGAUGUCCCCACGUGGAUGUUCACAAAAAUGCUAUCUGACUGCGAAGGUGUGUAUUAUGAUGGGGAGGACAGCGAUGGGGAGAGCGGUGAGGAGAGCGGUGAGGACAACUCCCCUGGGGAGAUCGACCGCGCGUCCUCUUCCUCCUCCUCCUCCCCCAGCUGCGGUGAAAGCGUCAAGGAAGUCGUCAUGCAGGAGAUGGGAAUCCCCUUUGGGAAGUGGCACUACUGGCUCAGCGACGAAAGUGGGUUGUCUCCCCCCCCCGGGGAUACGGAGGUGACCACCCAGAUGAAGAACAAAGCGACCCAUGAGCAGUGUUCUGAUGUUGUUCAGGCGAAUGAGCAGAAGGUUGAUGGAAUCCCGCAUGGGGAAGGCCACAUUUCUCGCAACUACACCCAUGUGGGGGAUACUACCAGUGGAGGGGAGGUCAAAAUGAAAAGCGAUAGUUCCACCGAGCUGCACGAACUGGGGGGAGAAAACAGAAACGUCCUGAAGGAGAAGAAAAAACAAAUGAAGAUCCAUUUACAAAUGUGCAAAAAAAAAAAAAAAAAUAAAAUAAAAAACGAUGUAAACUGCAUAGUAGGGUUCCUUAGGACCCUCUCUGAGAUUGUCCUAAACACGGAGGAGGCGUUUCAGAAUUUUUUCGUCGACAAGAUGUUCCAUAUAUGUUCCAGCUUUUUGGUUUAUUUGCACUCCCUCCUGGCCAUCUACAAAAUGACCAACAAACGGACCCCUGAGAAGCCUAGCGAGCAGGUGGAGAAGGUCCUCCUCCCCCUCAUUUCUUUUAAAACGUUUUACGAAGAUAUUAUCGCGCAGGCCAUUAUCGAGGACAUCAUAUUAAGAAUCGUCGAUCGGAUAAACGACUACUACCUUCAAGAGAUAAAGAACCUCACCGAUGUCAAAAUUGACGAGCAGAACAAGCGCAUCAUGAAGCUGAACCUGGGGGACCCCCUAAAGGACGUUUGCCACUACGCCAAAAUGUGCGAGGAGAACUUCAAAAUAAAGGCAGAGACGAGCGCAAGCAUGAACGCGUUAGUAACCCACUUGUCAGUUAAGGAGUAG